AUGGAGCACUCGUAAUUAACAAACGUCUAACCAUCAUACUCGAGAAACGCCUCAACCAUUUCUAACACUGUUAUUCAGAUUUAAAAAAUCAAUAACUUGAAGGAUCUUGUGAAUCAAAACUCCUCUAAAAAGAUUCAGCCCAAGAUGACAAGAAAUAAUAACAAUGCAAAAUCUUAAAAGCAACUGCCAAAUGUAUUUUACAAAAAAGAGUACAACAAUCGAUUUAAGCAAGAUGAUUAAUAAGCUCUCGAUAGUUUGGCUUGCACAAUUUACUAUACUAAACAAGCAGUCAUAAAUAGCAAAAGAGGCUAAUCUGAAUACUUGAAUGAGGCAAUAGAGUUGGAAUUAAUAGUAUUCAAAAAAGAGAUAGAGGAAAAGUUUGCUAAGUCAGUUAUCAAUAAAGUAUUUGAUUACCCGCGAUAGCUAAGUUUUUCCUAGACAUUUAGCUCUGAUUUCUAAAAUGAAUAUUAGCAGUAGACAUCUAGUUUGUCCAAUUGCAAACCUUAUUCUUAGACUGUUGAUGAUGAACGAAUCAUGAAAAGAAACAAAUCUAAUGGAAAAAUCAAUACCUUUAUUGACUAAAAUAGCGCCAAUAAUCUAAAUAACUUCUAGCCUACUGGGUUCAACUAAUAGAUUAUAGAUCCUAAAAAGAUAAAAAUACUUGAGCAGAUUACAAGUGGGAGUGUUGGCAAUAUAAAUUAAAUACCAGUAUAUUAGAAUUCUAAGAGCAGCAAAAAUAUAAUGGAAAUUGAUAUGAAUAAUUUUGAUCUUCAUCAUACUUAGAAAACUAUAAAGAAAAGUAAGGGUAGAGAUAAUACAGGACUAGAUGAUAAAUUCAAUAACAUACUGUUUCAGUAGUAUAAGGAAACUGCGAUUAUUAGAGAUAAAUCUUCAUCUGAAUUAUCUAAGGUCAAGCGUUAACAGUUUUAAAGUUUGAUAUUACAGUAAAAAGAGAAGAAAAAUAACAUUGGGUCAGUAAUUGGAUAGCUAUUUAAGUAGUAAAACAGUAAGUCCAAAACGAGAAAUCUAGCUAGCUCACAGCUGUAGAAUUAGGGCAGUUUUAAGUAACAGUCAAUUACCUAAUAGACCUCUGAUUCAAACUACUACCCAUCUAAAUCAUAAUAGAAUUACUAGAUUAACGAAUAGAAGAUUUAUAGUAUUUAAAAGACUAUGCAGAGUCUGACUCCUAUAAAAAAUAAGAAUCAGCCAAGCCAAAUCACCUAGUAAAAUAUCUAAAAGAUUUAAGAAAUGCUCAACACUCAAACCCUAAAUAAAAUGCCUUCAUAGCAUCAACUGCUCAUGCAGUCUUAAGUAUAGCAAGAAUAUUUUCCUGUUGAAUUACAUUUGACUCAUCAGCACUCUACAGGUUUGAAAUAGCAAAACAGCAUAGUGAGGACAGAUCUUAAGAAGAAUUCAUCUGUUGAGCGCAUCCUAAAUGUCACCCCAGUCAAGACAAAGUUAAAACUUAUUGAUAGUCGAAACUCAAACAAUCUUGCCUCAAGCACAACUAAUCUUGCUGGCAUGAGCAGUUAAAAUAAGCAUGCCAAAACUUCACUAGCGAAUGGUCUCACCAUGCUCUAAUAGAAUCAAGAACUGCUAAAAUCCAUUAAGAUGAAAAACAUUAAGCAGUUGAUUAAAAAUAAGAGCACUGGAAAAUUACUGACAACUACUCCAGCCAAAGAGCAAAAGCUGAACAGAUAGUCCUCACAAGACAAUAAACAAAUAACUAACAUAUAAAUCUAAGCUAACCUGAAUGUGAUUAUGAAUCAUCCAGGUUCCUCAUAAAAUUAUAACCUUAAUAAAAUACCAUCUCAAGCAACUUUGAACCUCAAUAAUCAAAAGUUUAUUGCAAAGGGAUCUCAUCCAAUGCUUGCUUAGAGUAAUCAUAUGAUAAAUAACAACACUAUGUCUCAGGCUGACCUUUCAAGAAUCACAAAUUAAAGCUAGACUACGAGAACCAAUAAGUCUAACAAUAGAAAGUCAAACACUCACAGAAACAUACAAAACUCUUAAGCCUAAGUUAAUACCAAUAGUGUAAUGAUGAAUAUGGGUAACAUUCCAAGUAAAUUUAUAAGCAGUAACCAUUCUAAUAGCAGGUAUGGAAUAAUGUCGAACCUUUGA